AUGAUUAUCCCGGUGCGGUGUUUCUCAUGUGGAAAGGUCAUUGGAGAUAAGUGGACCGCCUACUUGGAGCUCCUUGCUAACGACAUGAGCGAAGGUGACGCCCUCGAUAACCUACAGCUCAAGCGGUACUGCUGCCGUCGGAUGGUCUUGACGCACGUAGACUUGAUUGAGAAGUUGCUGCAUUAUAAUCCGAUGGAGCGCUCCAAGGACAAGGGCUUCUGA